AUGCCUGGAUGUGUGUGUGUGUGUGUGUGUUUGUUUCAUUGAUAACAAAGCAUGCUGUAAAGGACACAUUGCAAACAACUACAAUCGUAUUUCUGUUGUGUUGCUUGUGUGUUUUCAUUGUCCACCUUCAAGUCUCUUUGGGCCUGCCUAUAACUUCUCAACAAACCAGAAAACCUUGCUGUAUAUUCCGUAAUGAAUUAGUUGAUUUUAGACAAGAGAUAAGGAAAUAAAAGCCAUGCUUUCUGCAUGUCUCACAACUGGACAUAAAAAAAGAAGUGAACAAAUACAAUUAAUCAAAUUAAAUAUGGCAAAAUGUUUAAUGCGUGAUUAUUAAAACAAAUUUUUCAUUGUGGAAUUUUGUCUGACCAAAAUGUUGUACUUUAGUAACAGCGAGGUAAUUUGUUGUAAAAAAUAUAUGCACCUUCAUGGACUGACUGGGCCACGUGACCGUUUUGACAGCCGCAGAGCAGUCUGUCACAUGACUGGUAGUAUUUUAGAACUUGUGUUGUGUUCAGCUGGCUACUGAACCAAUGACCGAGUACAGCUACUCAAUAGAAAACCUCUCAGAGGAUACAUUCAUUCUCAACAGAAAGCCUCGUUUUACUCGGUGGAAAUGUCUGAUGUUAGAUUAAGACGUAAUGAAAUAUGUUACGUGACUUUACUUUUUUUCUUGAAUGUACACACGGUGAUAGGUGUGUGGCCAAAGCCACAAAUUGUAGCCACAUCGAUGGAACAAUAUUCAUUGAAUCCAGGAAACUUCAAAUUUCAGUAUGCUAGUAAUUCAGCCGCCCAGUUGGGAUGUUCAGUGCUGGAUGCCGCCUUCAAACGAUAUUACUCGUUAAUUUUUCCAGAUUACAAUGCAGGGCCACGAGACAGACACCAUCUUUUCGAAGCAAAACCAUAUCUCCUUUAUAUCCAUGUAACCCAGGGAGGCUGUGAGAGCUACCCAAAUCCAGAGUCCUCAGAAAGUUAUAAGCUGAAUGUUUCUACAAACCAAGCAGAACUGAGGACAGAAACUGUGUGGGGGGCCCUGAGAGGGCUGGAAACCUUCAGCCAGCUGGUGUAUCAGGAUGACUUGGGUACAUACUUUGUGAACAAGACUGAAAUAGAGGAUUUCCCCAGGUUUCAGUUCCGUGGGAUACUGUUGGACACAUCUCGUCACUAUUUACCAGUAGAGGCCAUCUUAAAGACACUGGAUGCCAUGUCCUACAGUAAGUUCAAUGUGUUUCACUGGCACAUUGUUGAUGACCCUUCCUUCCCGUACCAGAGUCGUACCUUUUCUGACCUUAGCAACAAGGGGGCUUUCCACCCAAUGACUCAUGUGUACACACAGACGGAUGUGAGGAGGGUGAUCUCACACGCCAGACUACGGGGAAUCAGAGUCUUGCCUGAGUUUGACUCACCAGGCCACACCCAGUCCUGGGGUAAAGGUCAGCCUGGUCUCCUGACCCCCUGCUACAGGGGGAUUACUCCUUCUGGAACAUUCGGUCCAGUCAACCCAGCAACAGGCUCCACCUAUAAGUUCAUGACACGUUUGUUUAAGGAAGUGGCCUCUGUCUUUCCUGAUUCUUACAUUCACCUAGGAGGGGAUGAGGUUGACUUCACCUGCUGGAAAUCCAACCCUGACGUCAGGCAGUUCAUGCAGAAAAUGGGUUUUGGAAAUUAUUUCACCAAACUAGAGUCCUUCUAUAUGGAGAACAUCGUGAACAUCACUUCAAUGCUCAACAGGACAGCAAUUGUUUGGCAAGAUGUAUUUGACCAUCAUGAAAGAAUCCCUAAGGACACAGUUCUGCACAUCUGGAAGGGCACCCCUGCCCAGUACCGGGAGGAGCUGAGCAGGAUCACCAAGACUGGGCACGGGGUCCUGCUGGCUGCCCCCUGGUACCUUAACCACAUCAGCUACGGCCAGGACUGGCACAGUGCCUACACCGUGCAGCCACUGAACUUCUCUGGGACUGAAGAGCAGAAGAAGCUUGUGAUUGGUGGAGAGGUCUGCAUGUGGGGGGAAUACGUAGACGCAACCAACCUCUCUCCACGCCUGUGGCCCAGGGCCAGUGCUGCAGCAGAGAGACUGUGGAGUGAUGAGAAGCAGACCUCCAGUGUCACCCUGGCCUUCCCUCGUCUGAAGGAGUUCCGCUGCAUGCUGUUACGGCGCGGUGUCCAGGCCGAGCCUUUGUUUGUUGGCCACUGCAGGCAUGAGUACCAGGGUGUGUGAUGAACAGAGCAGCUGGAACAGGAGUGUUCACUGAAAAGUCUCAGGGAUCCAGUUGGAGCAAGGCUUCUACUGUCUGUAUAUCCUCAUUGUUUUAUUAAGUAAUGCUUUCUCAUUUUACAUUGUGAUGAUUUAGAUGCUGCGAAUUGCGAGUCAUGUACAGUAUCAUGUAGACAAAAAAAGGUUGGAAACAAGCUUUGUCUACAAUUAUGCCUUGGAUUAUUUUCAGCCUCUAUUUAACAUCAUAAGAUAAACAAUAUUAUUUAUAUGAAUUUACUUCUAUUUGAGUUUUCAUUGACCUACACUCACUGGUAUGUACAUAAGUCGACUGCAUUAUUGAACAAUAAAGACCAACCCAUGUUGUAA